AUGACAAUCACUCCUCGACCAUGGUGGAAGGAUGCCGUCGUCUACCAGAUAUACCCUGCCUCGUUCAAGGACAGCAACGGCGACGGCAUUGGCGACCUCAAUGGCAUCAUCUCGGAACUCGACUACAUCCGCUCCAUUGGCGUCGAUGUCAUCUGGGUCUGCCCCAUGUACGACUCGCCUCAGGUCGACAUGGGCUACGACAUCCGCAACUACGAGGACGUCUACAGGCCAUAUGGCACCGUUCAGGAUAUGCAGAGGCUGAUUGAUGAGACCCAUUCGCGGGGCAUGAAGAUCAUCCUGGAUCUCGUCAUCAACCACACUUCAGAUCAGCACCAAUGGUUCCAAGAAUCACGCUCGUCAAAGGACAACCCAAAGCGUGACUGGUAUAUUUGGCGUCCCGCCCGCUACGUUGAUGGCGUACGCAAACCCCCCAACAACUGGGUCUCCAACUUCACCGGCAGUGUCUGGGAAUGGGACGAGCACACCCAAGAAUACUACCUCCACCUCUUCUGUCCUGAGCAACCCGACCUGAACUGGGAAAAUCCAGAGACGCGUAAAGCCAUUUACGAGUCGGCCAUGGAGUUUUGGCUCAAGCGUGGUGUCGACGGAUUCCGUGUUGAUACCGUCAACAUGUACAGCAAGGGCGAUAUGCGCGACGCCCCCAUCACCGAUCCGGGAUCAGAGUGGCAGUUUGCCGGCUACCAGUACUGCAACGGCCCGCGAAUGGACGAGUUUCUGGGCGAGAUGAAUCAGAUUCUGGAAAAGUACGAUGCCAUGACAGUCGGCGAGUGCCCACACACACUUGAUAUCAACAGAGUACACCAAUACGUAAGCGCCAAGGAGAAGCGACUCUCUAUGGUGUUUCAAUUUGACGUAGUCGAUGUUGGGCAAGGCCCCUACAAAUUCCAAACCACGCCCAAGAACUGGACACUGCCACAACUCAAGCGCGCAAUAGCCCGCACUCAAGAUCUGAUCCGGCCUCCCUCUGACAGCUGGACCACUGCUUUUCUGGAGAACCACGACCAAGCUCGGUCAAUUACGCGCUUCACUUCUGACGCCCCGCAGCACCGCGUCGCUGGCGGCAAGAUGCUUGCCCUCAUGCUGAGCGCCCUCAGCGGUACGCUGUUCAUCUACCAAGGCCAGGAAAUCGGCAUGACAAACUUCCCCGAAUCGUGGGACAUGAGUGAAUACAAGGAUGUUGAGUCAACAAAUUACUACAAGAUGGUUGCCAAGCGCACCAACAACGACGUCGACGCGCUCGCUGCUGCACACAAGUCGCUGCAGCACCUUGCGCGCGACCACUCACGCGUGCCCAUGAGCUGGAGUACUGCGCCGUACAAUGGCUUCAGUCCGCCCGAUGCAAAAGACAAGCCGUGGAUGCGGCCGCUAGAAGACGCAGACAUUUGCAAUGCAAAGGCGCAACAAAACGACAAGACGUCUGUGCUGGGCUUCUGGAAACGCAUGCUGCAGCUGCGCAAGGAGCACAAGGAUUUGUUCGUCUUCGGCCAGUACGACGAUCUCGACGUUGACAAUGAGCAAUUUUAUGUUUUUAGCAAGACGUGGCAAGGGAGACGAGCGCUGUGUAUUUGCAACUUUACAGAUGAGAGCAAGCAGCUGGUUUUGCCAGAGAGCGUGGCGACACAGAAAAUGCAGCUGCUGGUAAGUAGUCGGCAAGACGAGGGCGUCGAGGCAAAGACGCUAGCGCCGUACGAGGGAAGGAUCUAUCUUUAUGUGUAA